AUGAUGUCAGAUGGAUCUGUGACUUGGUUUCAGUGUUCAGACCUGUACAGACACAACCAGGUCUUCUUCAACUCAACGUAAGAACAGCUAAAGAUAAAAACUGAUCUCAGUCCUGAUGUCGGACUUUGUGCCCAGACGUCAACCAGAAGGUUAGUCAACUUGGUCAAACUGUUUGAUUUUCGUCACUUCACAGAGAUCAGCUGGUUUCUCCCAGACCCCAGAGCCCAGAGGGGGGCUUGGAAAGUAUAAAUAUAGAGGAUAACUUACUUCUUACCUCAAACCGACCAGCUCAGACCCUCUUCAUCACUGACUCACCUUUCUCCUCUUCGUCCUCUGACUGUCGAGGUAAGUUCAAGUGUACCAAACUGUGUCUGAAAAAGUCAAUUAUUGGUUUUAUUUGUUAUUCUCUACAUGAGGGCAAAAGUGGGUGUUUUCAGGAAAGAAGAGGAAAAGCUAAGGACAGUGUAAGGAUUUUUAAAUUCAGCAUUUGUUUUGGAAAUUCUGGAAUACUGUGUUUUCUGAUUUAAAAAGACUUCUCUACUUCGUCCAGUCAUGUUACUAACCUGUUGGAAAUUAACCUCAUUAGUUAGAUUUGUUUCUUCAACUGUUUUUGUAAGUUGUCCUGAUAUUUAUCCACUCAAGAAAAAACAAAAACAAACAAAAAUAAGUUUGCCUGCAUUUUAACAUCUGACAUACUUUCUAAAUGUUCAGGUCUCCUCCAUCAUGGCAGCUCUGUGGCUCCAGUCUGUGUCUCUGCUGGUUUUACUGGUUGUGUCAUGGCCGAGCACUGA